CUACGUUGUUUCCGGUUUUAUGUUUGGUUAUGGCUGCCGUAUAAACGUUAACUACCUCACUCACCUUAGCGCAGCGUCAAGUUCGAAGUACAACCCCUGCUACUUUGAUAUGGCCGCUGCUUUGAAAUGGUUUAGUCCUGGUCGACUCGUCAGAAUUACUCGUGCUGCAAAAGUGUUUAGCUGCCCCAGUGUUCAACUGCAUGUAACCGGAUCAGCCAUGGGUGUUUCAAUGGAAGACUUCAAUAAUGCUAAGCAGAGGCUGUCCAGUCUGAAGAAUGAUCCUGGCAAUGAAGUUAAACUGAAAAUUUAUGCACUCUUCAAACAGGCUACUCAAGGUCCCUGUAAUACACCUAAACCUGGCAUGUUGGAUUUCGUCAAUAAAGUCAAAUGGGAUGCCUGGAAGUCUUUGGGAUCUGUGUCACAGGAGGAAGCCAGGCAGCAGUAUGUGGAUCUUAUUUCUUCUUUGGAGAAAGCAGAACAACCUGAAAGAGGGGUAGCCCAGCCCGUAAAUGAAACAUCCUCCUACGAGACACUGCUGGUGUCUACAAAGGACAAAAUCACUACCAUUACCCUGAACAGACCACAAAAGAAGAAUGCCAUCACAGUUGAGAUGUAUAAUGAAAUUAUCAAAGCACUGGACCAAGCUGCUAAAGAUGAUUCGGUCAUCACUGUCUUCACAGGUAGUGGAGAUUACUACUGCAGUGGAAAUGAUCUCACCAAUUUCACCAAAAUUCCUGAGGGAGGGAUGGAACAGAUGGCCAAGGAUGCAGGAGAACUGCUGAGGCAAUAUGUGAAAGCCUACAUUGACUUCCCUAAGCCUCUAAUAGGCGUUGUAAAUGGUCCUGCUGUGGGAGUAUCAGUCACUGUGCUCGGCCUUUUUGAUGUGGUGUAUGCCACUGAAAGGGCAACCUUCCAUACCCCAUUUAGCCAGCUUGGACAAAGUCCUGAGGGGUGUUCUUCCUACACCUUUCCGAAGGUUAUGGGUGCUGCCAAGGCUAGUGAAAUGCUGUUAUUCAACAAGAAGCUCACAGCCACCCAGGCCUGUGAACAGGGUUUGGUCACUGAAGUCUUCCCCGACAGUAGCUUCCAGACAGAGGUGUGGACAAGACUGAACGCUUAUGCAAAAUUGCCUAGGAAUUCUCUAGCCCUUUCUAAGCAACUGAUUCGGACUGCAGAGAGAGACCGCCUCCAUUCUGUCAAUGAUCAGGAAGUGGAGCGGCUGGUCGAGCGCUGGCUUUCGGAUGAAUGCAUGCAGGCCAUCAUGAGUUUUUUCCAGGCCAAGUCAAGGCUGUGAGAGGAAGAAGGCUGAACACCAUCUAGCAUACAGUAUCCUGCGAUCACAUUUUGUAAUUGAGAAUGUUAGUUUUGUAUGCCACUGAGUAAUUGCCAUUCUUUUUAAAUGCCAUUUGGAUGUUUGAUAUAUAGUGUAGUGAAAUUAAAGAAUGGAAUUGUAAUGAAAUUUCCAUUUAGACAUGUCUUUAACAUGUCAUGACGAUCUGGGUACUAGAUUGGACAGUUAUGCUGCACUACCUCCAUACUUACAAUACAAUGCCAUAUGUGCAAUGACAUGUUUUGCUAAUAUAACUCCACAUGUGCCUGUAUUAAAUGAUCUAUUUCUCUGUAA